AUGUUCGCGUGGCCAGACAAAAUGGGCAAAUGCAAGGGUUGUGCAAAAUUAGGAAGAAUGGUGCCAAUGGAUGAGUCUGUGGAUGCUUAUCAUUUCUCUCUCUUAUUGUCUCCCGUUGUUUCUGUUUGGGAUUGUAUUGUCCGUAAGAUGAGGUACUCUUUCAGACCUGAGUGGGUGUAG